UGACAUUGAAUAAAGGAUCAACUCUGAAGGCAUCCGUCGAAUAUAUAAAGAAAAUGAAGAAAGAGAAAGAUAUUCUUGAAGCUAAUAACAGAAACUUGGAAUCUAAAUAUAAGAAAGUGGUAGUGAAAUUGUUAACAAGAGUAUGUCAAUUAGAAGUAAAGAUGAAAUUCAACGAAAUAAAAGAAGACGUUGAUGGUAUGAAAGCAAAGAACAAGCUACAUAAAGAAAAAACAUGUGCGUUUGAAUCAAUGGUAAAAGAAAUGAGAAAAAACAAUACUCCAGCUAAGUCAGAUGAACAGUCAUCCGCAGCUACUCAGAAUUCGAAGUCACAUGUACACUCACCAGUAAUAGGUUGCACUUCAACUAAAUGUACUCCAAAGACAUCUGUAUUUCAAGACUUUCAAUGCAAAACAGGGUUACGUGGUAACCCAGAAAACAGAGGAAUAAUUCAAAUCUCGGAGAAAAGUGUUCUAUCAAGUUUGGAAAGAAGUGUUAAGACCAGGUAUCCUUUAGAGAGAAAUGACAUUCCACAGUGUCCAAAACCUUUCAAGGGCACCGAAAAUAAGAAAAUACGUAUUAUGACCAGCAAACACGCUAAAAAGUCAACCAGUGAAAUUACAGACAUUGACUUUCUUGAUCUGACCCAUGAUGACUUUCAUAUAAAGAAAUACGAUAGUUCAAAUGCUUUAUUUCCAAAAGACAAAGCCUUAAUUGUAAAUGAGGAAGACGCUUGUUCAUCUACUUCUGGUUCCGUAUUCUUGAAGCAAAAACAAAAGGAAAGGUCAGCAGGUAAAAUUUAUGUGACCGCCGAUAUCCUUGGAACUUUGUUACGAAGGUAAAAUGGGGUCAUAUUCUCUUCCGAGAUACAUUUUUUAUAAACUUCCACUGGAAGAAUUUAUUGAUCUAUGAAAUAAAUUUCCAGUGCAUGUAAAUCAUGUUUGCCAGAGCUUCAAAUUUUAGAAUAUUCCAUUGAAAUAUUUUAGCUCAAUAUUAACAUUAAUAA